AUGGAAAGUGUUCCUAUUGGCACUAAUAGUGGUGUUGAUACACAUGCCAAGGACUUCUCAUUCAUGAAGGGAGAUCUUUACGAGAGUAAGGAGAAAUUGAUCCAUGCUAUUCACACGUAUUCCAUUGCAAAAAAUGUGAAGUUCAGGCCAACCAAAAAUAAUACUACAAGCUAUAAUGUGGUUUGUUUCUAUCGCAAAGAUGACGAUGUCGAAGAUAAUAGUGGACACCACGACGGCAAUGCGAGGUGUCCGUGGAAGCUUAAUUCACGCUCGGGUGCAAGAGUAGGUGGGCAAUUCAAAAUCACGGCAUACAAUGGACUCCACACUUGUAGCAAUCCUCGAUUAGAGAUGAAUAACAAGAAUGCGUCCUCUUCUUUUAUAUAUCGAUUGAUUUUACCGCAUCUGAGGGAGGAUCUUGAUCUAAGGCCGAAAGAUAUCCGUCUUUUAGUGCAUAAAGCCACCAACUUGGAUGUAUCAUAUCACAAGUGUUGGAAUGCUAGGAGGAAGGCGAUGAUAAAAAUAUUCGAGGAUUGGGAUAAUUCGUAUGAGAUCUUACCUCAUUAUCUUGAAGCACUCAAAAGAGAAAAUCUGGGGAUUGUCUACGAAGUAUCUUCGGACCCCGUUGAUGGCGGAGAACGGCGGUUCACCGGUGUAUUUUGGGCAUUUGGGCCCUGUAUUGAGGGGUUUCGAUAUUGCCGUCCUCUUCUUAGCAUUGAUGGAACUCACUUAUAUGGUAAAUACAAAGGUGUUUUGCUUGUUGCAACCGGUGUUGACGCGGAUGGCGGGUUGUUUCCUUUAGCAUUCGUAGUGGUUGAUGUUGAAAACACAGAGAAUUGGGCUUGGUUUUUUGCAUGCAUUAGAUAUCAUAUCCCUAGUGUGGGGACGCGGCCGAUUACAUUCAUAUCCGAUAGGAUGAAAGGAAUUCCAAGAGCACUCCAACGACAUUUCCCGCCACCACAUGCACAUCGCUAUUGCUUGCGACAUAUUAGAGACAACUUCAAGAAGAAGUAUGGAAACGCUCAGGUUCAAGACUUACUUUGGCAAGCCGGUUGUGCAACAGAAAAAUAUGUUUAUGAACAAAUACGAGAGAGGAUCAAGUUCAUUUCACGAGCUGCACAUGAUUGGAUCGAAACUAGUUUGGGUCCAAACAAUGUUGAUAAGUGGGCUUUAUGUGAGGAUGGCGGUCGACGGUUCUGUAUGAUGACUACGAACACGUCUGAGAGCUUCAAUGGCGUGCUCAGGGGAGCAUGCGACAUGCCAAUACAGACACUAGUUGCUAAAACUUUUUACAGACUUAAUAAAUUCUUUGUUCGACAUCGAGAACUUGGUGAAAAUAUCCGCUCAGAGCUAACACCGAAGGUUGAUGAAAUGCUAGCGGCUCGGAUUGUACAAGCUCGGUCCUUUCAGGUUGUACGAUACAGUUUUAAUGAAUGGGAGGUGCUCGAGGGAAUAACCCAUAGAGAAAAUCGCUCUUACAAAGUCAAUAUGUUGGUGGAUCACACUUGUACGUGCACUUGCAAUGUACCGCAACUACAAUUGAUUCCUUGUUCACAUGUUGUAGCAGCUUGCUCCGACCUACAGGGUGGUGCUCGCAUUUCACAUUAUGAAUUUGUCGACGCUUGGUAUUCUGCAUACAACUAUCAACAAACCUACAAAGAGUGUUUUCGUCCACCAUACGAUAGUCGACAUUGGACACAAGAUGGGCCACGGAUAUUACCUCCAUUGUAUAAAAGAUCGGCGGGGCGCCCUCGUUCCGUGCGUAUUAGAAAUAGUAUGAAUGACGGACGUGAAGGAGCUAGGAGGAGAAAUAAGUGCAGUAGAUGUCUAUUCAUUAUGGAUCCGGGACCGGAAAAUCCCGACGUUUUGUACCUUCAGGCGAGUCAUUGUUCAGACCAUAUUGGUUCGGGAGAGCCCGUACCAGAGUUCACAAUGAUCGAGCAUUCCCAGAGUCAUUCGGCUUGGGUCAUUAAGGAUGAGAGGGUACUACUACUGAUCGCUCAGGCCGGUUUUCGACCGUGUUCGACGAUUCGUUAUAUCAGGCUUGAUUGGCCGCUUAUCACUGCUUUGAUUGAGAGGUGGAGGCCAGAGACCAACAGCUUUCACAUGCAUAUAGGGAAGUGCACCAUCACUUUACAGGACGUGGCCGUCAUACUUGGGCUCCGGAUCGAUGGACCGGUAGUUACGGGCACCGAUGAUCAUAGUUGGCCGGGGGUAUGUGCCCGGCUUCUUGGACAGGUUCCCGACUUGAGGAGUGGUGCGAUGAAGCUAUCUUGGCUUCGUCAGACAUUUUAG